AUGGUGUUAACUUUGUGCACGCUGAUUGAUAACAUGGGCUUACUCUGCAGCAGACAGAGACACAGCAGAGCUGAUUUUGAAGACAACGAGCAGACUGCGGAAAUCGAUAGGCGAAUUGAGCAAGAAACGAAGGCGGAGAAGCAUAUUCAGAAACUUCUUUUACUUGGUGCUGGAGAUUCUGGGAAGUCCACCAUCUUCAAGCAGAUUAAACUUCUUUUUCAGAGUGGAUUUGAUGAGGCUGAGCUGAAAAACUACAUCCCUGUCAUCCAUGCCAAUGUUUAUCAGACAAUAAAAAUGUUACAUGAUGGGUCGAAGGAACUAUCUCAAAGCUCAGAGGACUCCUCAAAAUUCAUUCUAUCCGAUAAAAAUAAGCAAAUCGGGGAAAAAUUUUCUGAAAUUGGCGGUAGGUUGGAUUAUCCACACCUAAAUAAAGAACUUGCGCAUGAGAUUGAAACUCUCUGGGCAGAUAGUGCCAUACAGGAAACCUAUUGCCAUGGAAAUGAACUUCAAGUUCCAGAAUGUACCCAGUAUUUUAUGGAAAAUUUGCAAAGGCUGUCUGAUGCAGACUAUGUUCCUACUAAGGAAGAUAUUCUUCAUGCCAGGGUUCGGACAACCGGUGUUGUAGAAAUCCAGUUCAGCCCAGUUGGGGAGAAUAAAAAAAGUGGAGAGGUAUAUAGGCUUUUUGACGUGGGGGGCCAGAAAAAUGAAAGAAGAAAAUGGAUUCAUCUAUUUGAGGGUGUUUCAGCUGUGAUAUUCUGUGCUGCUAUAAGCGAGUAUGACCAAACUCUCUUCGAGGAUGAUAACAAGAAUCGGAUGGUGGAGACUAAGGAACUCUUUGAGUGGGUCCUAAAGCAACCCUGUUUUGAGAAAACUUCGUUCAUGCUAUUUCUCAACAAAUUUGACUUGUUCGAGAAUAAGGUUCUGAAAGUCCCACUGAACGUAUGUGAAUGGUUCAAAGAUUACCAGCCAGUUUCUAAUGGAAAACAAGAAAUUGAGAAUGCAUAUGAGUUUGUGAAGAAAAAAUUCGAGGAGCUGUAUUUCCAGAGCACUUCCCCUGAUCGUGUUGACCGUGUCUUUAAGAUCUACAGAACCAGUGCCUUAGACCAGAAACUUGUCAAGAAGACUUUCAAGCUGGUAGACGAGACUUUGAGAAGGCGAAACCUAUUUGAAGCAGGUUAUAUAGCUUGA